AUGCUCCGCCAAGUCAAGCCGCGGACAGCCCGUUCCAAGAGGGCGCUCGAGAAGCGUGCCCCCAAGCUCAACGAGAACCCCAAGACCGCCCUCUUCCUUCGCGGCACUACCUGCAGCCAAGUCACCCAAGAUGCCAUGCAAGAUCUCUACUCGCUGCGCCAAACCCACGCCAAGCGCUUCCACAAGAAGAACCCCGUCCACCCCUUCGAGGAUGCCAGCUCCUUGACCUUCUUCUCCGAGAAGAACGACACCUCGCUCAUCCUCUUCGGCUCCAGCAGCAAGAAGAGACCCCACACCAUCACCUUCUGCCGUACCUUCGACUACAAGAUGCUCGACAUGCUCGAGUUUUACCUCGACCCCGAGACCUUCCGCAGCAUCGCCCAGUUCAAGACCAAGAAGGUGCCCGUUGGCACCAAGCCUUUGAUGGUGUUCGCCGGUACUGCUUUCGAAUCCCCCGUCCCCAACGCCUUCACCACCGCCAAAUCCAUGCUCAUCGACUUCUUCCGCGGCGAGCCCUCAGACAAGAUCGACGUCGAGGGUCUGCAGUACUGCGUUGUCGUUUCCGCCGACGAGCCCACUUCCUCCUCCACCGACCCCUCGGACCCCUCGACAAAACCCACCCUCCACCUGCGCGCCUACCUGAUCCGCACCAAGCGUUCCGGCCAGAAGCUCCCCCGAGUCGAAGUCGAAGAGCACGGUCCCCGCAUGGACUUCCGCCUCGGCCGUCUCCAGCAGCCCGACGCGGACAUGCUCAAGGAGGCGAUGCGCAAGCCCAAGACCAACGAGGAGCGCACCAAGAAGAACAUCAGCAUGGAUAGCAUCGGUGACAAGAUUGGUAGGAUCCAUAUGGGCAAGCUGGAUCUUAGCGAGUUGCAGACGAGAAAGAUGAAGGGUCUCAAGAGGAGCAGGGAUGUGGUGGAUGAGGACUUUGAUGAUGCGGACAUGCCGAUGGAGGGCGUCAAGGAGGUCAGUGACAGGAUCGUGGGGCCGAGGAAGAAGAAGGCGAGGGAUGUUGUUGAAUUUUGAGUUGAGCAAGAAUAGGGAGUGGGGAGAAUAAGGCGAAGAAAGGAGGAGGUGUAAUCGUUUU